AUGGCAGACCAGCUGACAGAAGAACAGAUUGCGGAAUUCAAAGAAGCAUUCUCACUGUUCGACAAAGAUGGCGAUGGUACCAUCACCACCAAGGAGUUGGGCACUGUGAUGCGCUCCCUGGGACAGAACCCCACUGAAGCAGAGCUUCAAGACAUGAUCAACGAGGUUGAUGCAGAUGGUAACGGCACGAUAGACUUCCCCGAGUUCCUCACGAUGAUGGCGCGCAAAAUGAAGGACACGGAUAGCGAGGAAGAGAUCCGCGAAGCUUUCCGCGUCUUCGACAAGGACGGCAACGGAUUCAUAUCCGCCGCGGAACUGCGCCAUGUAAUGACCAACCUUGGCGAAAAGCUCACAGACGAGGAGGUGGACGAAAUGAUCCGCGAGGCGGAUAUUGACGGCGACGGUCAGGUCAAUUAUGAGGAAUUCGUCACCAUGAUGACGUCGAAGUGA